GUGCACGUCUGCAGUCGAUAGAGCUCUGCUGUUGCUAGCACCGCGUGUUUUGCAAUAUAUUUUGGCUUAAAUUUGUCCACAAAAAUGAGUGACGAUGAGGAGCAAUACAAUGCCGUAUCACACAAAAAGUUGCUGCAGACUAUCAGCAAUCUGGGCAACGUGCAACACAUUCGCAAGUCGACACGCGACGAGCGCCAGCAGAAACAGGAUGAAUUUCAGCUGGUCAAAAGUGUCAACACCGCAGAGCAUGCAGCCAAAGCGGUGGGCUUGAAUGAUCUGGUUCAGAUACUGCGCACCUCCAAGCACAUUGAAACUGGCAAGAAGCUGAAAAAUGUGCACAGCACCAAAAAGGUUUUGCAGAAGCCACUCGAGAAGCCAGCAGCCGAUCGCAUAAAGCGGACAAUUGGCUACGAAAGUGUUUCGAAAAAACUGGGUCGCUGGGAUGCUGUUGUGGCCAAACAGCGUUCCGCCGAGACACAGAUAUUUCCCAUACCUACGGAAACGAUAUACGUUAACACAGCGGCGCAUUCAAAUGCAAUUAAAACCAGCAUCAAAUCCGAGUUGGCCAAGGAGCUUCAAGCGAGCAAUGAAAAGUUGCGUCAAUUACGCAAAGCACAAAUUGGCGAUAAUACCGAUGAGAAGACAUUGGCCCAACAGGAACAGGAGCUGCUUCAAAAGAAAAUGAACCGGCAGGAGCUGUAUGCGCGUCGCCGGGAAUUGGCCUACUUAAAGAUGCGCGAAUCACAAAAGUCGGCCAAAGCGCGGAUGCAAAAUAAAAUCAAAUCGAAGAAAUAUCAUAAGCUGCAGAAGCGGCAAAAAAUUUUGGAGCAAAUGAAGGAAUUCGAGCUGCUGCAAAAAACGAAUCCGGAAGCUGCGCUAGAGAAACUGAAUGCAUUGGAAAAGAGUCGCGUCAUGGAACGCGCCAGUUUGCGGCACAAAAACACCGGCACUUGGGCCAAGAAUCUUCAGGUGCGCGCUAAAUAUGAUAAGGAUGUACGCAAAGAUCUUGCUGAGCAGUUGGCUGUUAGUCGACAGUUGACCGAAAAGAAAGUGGACACCGAUAGUGAGGAUGAGCCAGCCGCAGUAAAGAUGGAAGCAAAUGAGCAAGUGGAUAACGAUCCCUUUAACCCCUGGACGAAAGUUAAAACUGCCGAAAAGCCGGAUACUCAGACUGAAGAGAAUGAACCAAACUGGCGGACAUAUUGGACGGAGCGCAACAAAAAUGAGAAGCUACUGGCUAAGCAUCGUGCAGAAAUUGAAGACGCUAAACUGGAGAAAGUUGAGAAGUUGAAGGUGGAACAAAGCAAAAAGCAGCCUAAAACCAAAUCAAUGAAAAAGAAGAAAAAAUCUGUAAGCGCUGUGGAAAAUGGCUGGGUGGUUGAAGAAGUCAAAGAGCCGCCUGUCAAAACGCAAACAAUUGAAGACAUUUUCGACAAGCAUGAGGAAAAUAUUCGCCAAAAGGUUGCAAAAAAGCUGGAAAAGCUUCGCAAGCAAGCGGAAAAACUUGGGCAGCCCAGCAAAAAAGGCAAAUCCAUAAAGAAGAAACGAGAUGAACUGCAAAACCUAAAAGACUUGACAUUUAAGAAGACCAGACAGCGUGUGGAAAUUGAUGAACCGCUCAACCAAGAUGAGGAACAGCCAAACCUGGCUGCUAAAAUUGCUGGCGAGUUGGCCAAGCCCCAGAAGAAAUCAAUGGAAUCAGAACCGACAUCAGCCGAAACCGUAAUUGAUCCGAAUAAAGUGACAACCAUAACGUGGAAACAAAAAAUGCAUGCCUCGGAUGCAAUGAACGACGUGCUUGCGGAUGACAAUGAGGCAGAUUAUGAUGAGGCGGAUGCAGCCGCCGAGCGUCAAUUGACGAUAAGUCAGGCCUUUGAGGAUGAUGAUAUUAUAGCUGAUUUCAACAAGGAUAAGACUAAAGAUUCCGAGUUGAAGAAUACGGAACUACAGCUGGCUAUGCCGGGUUGGGGCUCAUGGGCAGGCGCUGGUAUUUCCCAGGAGAUUAUGAACAGACGCAACAAGCGAUUGCUGCUAAAAUUGGCAGCACCCGAGAAGCGUCGCGACGACAACAAGAACAAUGUGUACAUCAAUGAAACGACAAGCAAACAGGCGCGGGCCCACAUGGUCUCCAGCAUACCGUUCCCCUUCACAUCCAUGGCCGACUAUGAGGCUAGCAUUCGAGCCCCCAUUGGCCGCAACUUUGUCCCGGAAACUGCAUUCCGUAUGCUGACACGUCCGGCGAUCAUUACACGCAAGGGUCAAGUUAUCGAGCCGAUGGAUGAGAGUGAAUUGGUUAAACCAGACCGCCGAUUGCGUCAUAUUGUGGACAGACGAAUAGAUCGCUUGCAAAAUCCACUAAAAGCCACGAAAGUACAAUAAUAAUGUUAAAACUAAUAUAAUAUAAAUGCGCUGAUCUUUGAAAAUAUGCAAAAAUGUGUUUUAGUUUUGUCACUCAGCCCAAAAGUAUGCUUAAAACUUAUUGAUUUUUGGAGACCAGUUAAUUAAUUAAAAAUGGAUAUUAAUAAUAAUAAAACACAAAUGCCGUUACAGUUGAUUUAGGAUAUUGUUUGUUUGUUUGUUUGUUGUUUUUUUCAAUCGUUUAUUUUACAAAACAUUUUGGCAAUGCCAAUAAAUGGCUUGCCUUUGACUAAAUGAAUCAAAGGAAAGUCUCAUUGCUAAAUUGCGCGUUGUUUCUGUUUGUUACUUAAUUAUUUGGAAUUUUGUAUACAUAUUUAUAUAGACGCUAAAUAUUGUAUAAAUCAUUUAACAUACGUAUGUGUGUAUAUAAAUAAUACAAUUUUUUUGUAUUAACUAAAUUCAAAUCACGCAGAGCAAAGUAAUUGCAAUCUAAAUCGACAGCACAUUUCCAAACUAUCAUGAAAAUUAAACAAAUAAUAUUGUAAACGAA